AUGAAGUGGAAAGGAAACACGCUUAAAACAAAGAACGCUGUGUACCGGUUUAAAAGCAGCAUUGUUGGGUGCGGGCACGUGGGAGAGCGGAUUGCUGUGGUUUUGGAAAAGAGCAUUGUCUUUGUGGAGAAAACAGGCGACCUCAUAAAAUACCCCACGUGCAGAAUCCAGACGUCGGGCUUUCUUAAAGACGGGGUUGUGUACUCAGAGGUGAACAGCACGUCUCUGAACUACAUAACAGGCCCGUACGAGGCUGUCCGCUCGGACUGCAUGCUGGGGGCGCCCUUUGAAAUUGUGGCAGCGCACAAAGACCGGUACGCCCUGCUCUUCCAAAAAGACGGAAAGCCGCACUUAAAUCUGUACAGAGGCGCGCCGCCCACAUCGAACCUUCUGUUUUCCAUGCCCAGAGAGGGCGUGCGGCGCGUGCUUAUCCAGGGCACCCGCCAUGCGAUUGUGCAGGACUUCUGUGUGAUUGUGUGCUCUCUCCAAAGAAGAUCUGGAGAGUCUUCCAUAAAGCACGAGCUGGUGUACUCUCCUAUGGCUGGGCGCGUCGAGAGCGUUGUCCCCAUAAAGACCGCCCGGGGCGCAUACUUUCUGGUGAACGGGAAAGAAGUGAUAAGCGAGUAUGGGCUGGUUCUGGACUUGGGGGAGAUUCCUGCAGAAAACGUCACAAAGUACAUCACAAAAAGGGCCGCCCAGAACAUCAGGGCAAUGCAGACGAGAGGGUACCACAUGAACGAGAUCGAAAACUUCUUCCAGUACAGCACGCGGGGGCAGUGGCUUUUCGGGCGCAUCAUGCCGUCUGCCAGCAUGCACGCCAUACUGCACGCGCACAGCGCGGGCUCUGGGCAGACGCUGGACGAGCUGUUUUCAAAGGAGCUGGCAGGCCUGUCCAAGAAGGCGGUUGCCAAGAUUUCGUCCCACCUGGAAAAAAUUGUGCACAUUAUAAGGUGUGUGCACAACAUAAAAACCCCGCUGUUCAAAGUGAUUGCGCGCAGAAACAUGCGCAUUGACGGGAAAAGAGCAUACCUGUUCUGGGUGCUUGGCGAGCGCCGGCUUCCAAAGAAGGCCCUCCUGUACGAGCUGUUUUCAUACAAGGAAAGCCUGGUGGAGAAGUCAAGAAAUCUUGGGUAUGUGCUUCUGCGGAACGACCGCCUGCAGGCCACCAGCAAAAAAGACAAACUCUGCGAAGCCGCUAUUUCGCACACCCUGGAGGACCCAGAGUUUAUCCGGGAGGUCCCUUCUCGCCUGAGGAACGCCGGCAUUAUAGAGGAGUGCAAGCGGCUUCUCUCAGGGCACCAGGUGGGGGACUUUUUGUUUGACCUCUAUGACACAGAGAGCCGGAGAAGAAAGGCGUUUAUUUGCUCCACGAUUGCAUCUGUAGGGCGCGGGCUUUUCCUUCUCAACAGGAACAACCAGGUGAACGUGUUUCAGGUUCCCCAGCUGAAGGUGUUUCUGAAAAAAAACUGCAAUGUGGUGACCGUCACGGACCUGACGGAGUGGGAGAGCAUGUGGCCGUCCUUCCAUUUUUCUGUGGCGACUUCUCUCUCGAUCCCAAACAGGCCGUUUAUAUCGACAAGCCACAUAGAGGUGAUGACGCCCAAAACGCUGAUGUCUCUUGCGGGGUCGAUUUUUGGGUUUGGGCUGAAAACAACCGUGUGCCAAAACAGCAUUUCGCUGGGGGAAAAGCUAAGCUUGUCCCGGUGCCUCAUUCUGUCGCUGUCCAGAAGCCACGACAGCCUUUUGAUUGCGGCAACCAUCCUGGGGAACUCUUUCAUCAUCAAGGGGUCCGGAAACAAGGACCACGCCAACAUCAUCUGGUUCAACCUGCGCGCAAAGAUGUCGCCCGGGCAUCUGCUCAUGUGGAGCGUCUUUGCGCUGGGCGUGCUGUACAUGGGCCAGAACGACCUUUUUGCAAAAAAGGCGCUCAUAGAGUAUAUGGAGAGAAAAGGCCCAAUAAUUUCAGGAAGCACGCACGCCCGAAAGACGUACUACGACAAGUAUCACCGGGUUUCGGCUGCGUUCGCUUUUUCGUAUAUAGCAAUAGGCUCGAGAACCUUGGAGUACGAGCGGAUUCCAGACAGAACCUGCGAAAUUAUUGUAAACGGGCUGGUGCACAUGAAAAGCGGGCGCGAGAAAAUUGCGUGCCUGCUCAAGGAGCCUAGCAGCCGCUCCACCCCGCUGAACCGCUUUUUCUCCUCUCUCAUGGAAGCCCUGGUAUUGGGGGACACCUCAGAAUACAGCGCCGCAUUUGCAGAGGCGCUGGGCGAAACUAUGUCCAUUGAGACGGCGCACAGCGUCGCAGGAAAAAUUUUUGCAUAUGGGCUUCUGUCCAUUCCGGAGGCCGGCAAAAAGCCAAACGAAAAAUUCGUAAGCGACGCCACCACGCUGCUGUACAAGCUGGAGAGGCGCAACACAGAGUAUUCGAUUCUGCUGGACUAUACGCUUCUGGCAUGCAGCCUGGUGCUGAACUCCACGGGAGACCUGUGCGUUCUAGGGACCUGCAAGCGGCUCUUGGACUCUCUAAAGUGCAUAGAGGCGCUGGACCGAAUCAACGACUUCAGCCCGUUUGCGGGAAGCUACCGAGAGCAGUACGGGAUGCGGUAUGGGAGAAUACAGCACAUAAAGAUGUGCCUGGCAGUGAUUGUCCCAGGGUGCGGCUCCAUGCAGAUCAACCCUUCGCAGGAGGCUGUGGCGUUUAUAGUCACCAGCUUCUACCCAGAGUUCCCAAUAACGCCCGAGGACCAGGACGCGUUCCAAGUGGUUCGGCACUUCUACCUUCUUGCAUUUGCGCCAGUGGAGGAGGAAAGCGGCGCGAAGGUGGACAAGAACCUUUCUGCAUGCAUCAGGGACGGCCUGCGGGAUGCAGAAAAAAUAGACAAAAAGGUGGCCGUGGACAUUAUAACCUCGUACUUUGAAAAGCACCACCUCAAAACAUUCGACUCGAACCGGGUAGAAGAGCUUAUAACCAACCUAUACACAGACAUACUAUAG